AGUCGUCAUCCAUGCCCGUUUUGAACAGAGGAGGGCUAAAAUGGCAGAGUACCUGGCAUCCAUUUUUGGGACAGAAAAAGAUAAGGUCAACUGUUCUUUUUAUUUCAAAAUUGGUGCCUGCCGACAUGGAGACCGCUGCUCCAGAUUACACAACAAGCCAACAUUUAGUCAGACGAUUGCGCUGCUUAACAUUUACCGGAACCCUCAGAACAGCGCCCAGUCCAUGGACGGACUGACCUGUACCGUCAGUGACAUGGAGAUGCAGGAGCACUAUGACGAAUUCUUUGAGGAGGUCUUCACAGAAAUGGAGGAAAAGUACGGAGAAGUGGAAGAAAUGAACGUCUGUGACAACCUUGGGGACCAUCUUGUGGGAAAUGUUUAUGUGAAGUUCCGUAAUGAGGAGGAUGCUGAGAAGGCCGUGAUAGACCUGAAUAACCGCUGGUUUAACGGGCAGCCCAUCCAUGCCGAGCUCUCUCCGGUCACAGAUUUUAGAGAAGCCUGCUGUCGCCAGUAUGAGAUGGGAGAGUGCACCCGUGGUGGCUUCUGUAACUUCAUGCAUCUGAAGCCCAUCUCUCGUGAGCUGAGGAGAGAGCUGUACGGCCGCCGGAGGAAGGGGGGCCGCCGCAGGUCUCGGUCUCGAUCGAGAGAAAGGAGGUCCCGCUCCAGGGACAGAGGCCGAGGAGGCGGAGGCGGCCGGGACCACGAGAGACGUCGCUCCAGAGACAGAGAGCGCUCAGGGCGGUUCUGAGCGGAACCCCACGACUACUUUACCCCUUGUCCCUGAAUCCAUCCCAUCUUUUUUAAGUAUGUUCCCUACCAGAUCUGUUCUAGGAAUGCCUGAGAUGUACCCAGUUUUGAAGCUGUGACAGCAUUGAAAAACUUUUUUCUUUUUUUUUUUUUUUCUUGUCUUGAUUUCUUAAAAAUUACUUUCACCUCAUUAAAAUUAAAUUUUUACUUAA